UUGCAACAGGAAACCUCUGUUGCGUUUGAUGCGCUGUCUUACGUUUGGGGAUCGCCGAAUGAUCCGCACACGGUGGACGUGAAUAUUGCAUUGAACGAUGGCACGACAAAAGCAUUCAAAGUAUCUGUCAUACGCAACCUCGCCACGACCCUGCAGCAUCUGCGGCGUACUGAUGUGGCAAGAACAGUAUGGGCGGAUGCAAUUUGUAUCAAUCAGCACGACUACGACGAACGAGCCCAACAGGUCCUCAUGAUGGGCGACAUCUACCGUUGUGCACAGAAUGUUGUCGCUUUUCUGGGACCAACGAUGAGCGACAGUACAAUCGCCAUGGGUCUGAUCAGUAAAAUCUCUCGUGUUGUGAAGGUCGACUUCGGCUCUGGGCUUGUGGAGCCAUCAACUGAAGGCGAGGCUGAGCCAGGGUGGGUUGACAUGCAUACACUACUGGACAUCGAGCACGAGCAUCUUCUGGCACUGUUCCAUCUGCUCAACCGCGAGUGGUUUGAGAGGCUAUGGAUCAGACAAGAGAUUGGCCUUGGCGGAGAUUGGGUGAGUCUUUUGUGCGGACACGACUCGAUUGAAUGGUCAUCAUUCUGUCGCGCCAUCUUCGUCCUCCAUCGCAGGACUAUCGAGAGUCUGGGUAUCCUGGACGGAAUUGAGCAGGAUAGCCUGCGUGACCGGCUCGGCAUGGCUGACACUGUGGCCUUGUUCUCUAAGAGAGCAUUUCGCUUCACCAACCUUCGACGCCAGAUUGGUAGAUCAAAGUACACGGAUCAACGAGACCGCAUCUAUGGUGUCCUCGGCCAGCUUCGUGAUGCGGCACAGAUUGGGAUUAUCCCAGACUACAACGAGACUGUGGCAGAGGUGUAUAUAGAUGCUACGCAGAAGAACAUCCGCCCCUCACAAGGUCUUUCGGUGUUGUGCCAAUGUACGGAAGACUGCUCACUUCACUUACCAAGCUGGGUGCCGGAUUGGUCGACCCCGUUGUUCUCAGCUUCAGUACACGAAGCCAGACCACCAUUUUUCGAUCCGCUGCCUGCGUGGGAAUCUAUCGAAGAUAAAGUGCUUCGUGCCUACGGUCUGCGCUGUGGGUCGAUUUCGCAGGUCGCAAGACCUUUCGGUGAUUCACUCGAGGGAGUCGAUGACUUUACAACGGCUCAGGCAGUUCAAGAUGUACUUGUCAGUGUCAAACGGCACGUCGCACAUACCGGAGACGAGCUUGUCACCGAGGCACGCUAUCGCUGUCUACUGCUGAACAACUUCGCCACUCGCUGGAUGCCCACAGUGCCCUACGAAGCACCAUUCGAAGAAUGCAUGGCACUAGUUCGCGCUUUGCUCAGCCCAUCCAAGACCAUGACUGAAACAAUCGCCAUACCGGAAGCCAGCCACUGUCUGAACAAGCUACGCGGCGCCUGUCGAGACCGCGCCUUGAUUGUCACAGACACCGGACACCUCGGCAUGGGACCAGACUCCGCAUCAUCCGGCGACGAAUUCUAUCUUCUAUUUGGCACCUGGAAGCCAGCCAUCCUCCGCCCGGCUGUGCAAGAGCAGCAUUGCGUAGUCGGGGGGGAGUGCUACGUCCACGGCAUGAUGAGCGCCGAGCCCAUUCUCGGUCCCAUACCCCAGAGUCUGCGUGGGCUUCUGGAUCCCAUGCCGUCGGCGGGCUGA